AUGUCGGUGGACAUCGGGUGGGAAAAGAUCACGUCGGGCCCUGAUGGCGCCGCCCUUGCUGAAAAGAUUCGGGCUUUCGUCCAUGACAAGUUCCAGCAGAUUCCCCUUCCCCGCUUCAUCAAUGCCGUCCAUGUUCACUCAUUCGAGCUCGGGUCGGUCUGUCCCGAGAUCGAGAUCAAGGAUAUCUGCGACCCGCUUCCUGACUUCUAUGAGGAUGAAGAAGAGGACGAGGAGGGUGCCGAACGAGACGUGGACGAAUCUACCCUCGGGUCUACGCAGAACGACGGCCCCAAGACCACAAACCGCUUUGACGCUCAAGAGUCCACCUCGUCUUCUCAACAGUUACGUUCGGCGCCACACCUAUCCAACUUUAUCACGGGCCCAGGGUUUGCAGGCAUCAGCCCGGGCGACGAAGCUUUUGCAGGCCCUUUCCCACGAAGUACAACCCCCGGCAUCCCCGGCGGGACAUCCAAUCUCAAUUACUUCCAUUUCCCGGGCGGUGGCCUUUCUGGAACUCAGACUCCGCUAGCAGCGGUUGCAAGCGGGACUCCUUUCAGUCCUCGGCCUUGGUCGUACGAUCCCUCGCACCAUUUCGCCAUGAUGCAUCAGAUGCCUAUUUAUGGACCAGCACAUAGGAAGCCACCGAGUCAUGGCGUGACAGGUCACGACGAUCCAUCGACCAGGCCUUCCACCGCAAACAGCAUCUCGUCUCCACGUGGUUCAGAGUCCACGCCUUCAUCACCUCGGUUGCCUUAUGGAUCACAGCCAGCCGGUGAGAACGGCCAGGGCGAUACUACGCUCGAUGCACUGGAACCCUUGUCGGCAUCCCGGCUUCAGAGCAGGCAGGCGUCAGAUCUGCAAGUAGUGGCAAGGGUCAAGUAUUCCGGGGACGUGCGUAUGACUCUAACAGCCGAAAUACUACUUGACUAUCCGAUGCCGAGCUUCGUCGGAAUUCCUCUCAAAUUAGCCAUCACCGGGUUGACGUUUGACGGGGUCGCUAUCGUGGCUUGGGUCAAAAAGAAGAUGCACUUUUGCUUCCUCGAUUCCGAGGACGCAGCUGCACUGGUCGGCGAAAGUGUGGCAAACAAUCCACGUAAGAAAGCGGGUAGCACAACAGGUUCAGGCACCGGUCUGCCUGGGCCACUGCAGGAAAUCCACGUGGAGAGCGAGAUUGGACGGCAGGAGGACGGCAAACAGGUACUCAAAAACGUGGGAAAGGUGGAAAAGUUCGUUCUCGAGCAGGUCAGGAAGAUCUUCGAGGAAGAAUUCGUCUUUCCAAGUUACUGGACCUUCCUGGUAUGA